AUGGAAACAACAGAAGACGAGCAGCCUGAAGUGCCAGCUGCAAUGGAAUUAAAGGCGGGGCAGUCCUCCCAGACUUCACAAGAUUCAUUAGAAAUGGAAGGAGGUAGCUGGCAGGAAGUUAAACACAGACAUGACAGAGUGGUACAGCCAUACCAGCUUCCAUCUAGUCCUUUAAGACACAGGGUGGAUUCUCACAGAGAAUCCACUCUACUUAGGUCGACUGAGACAUAUCAGGAAGGGACGCAAAGUCAGUCCUCCUCUGGAAGUGUUUCAAAGGAAGAGGAACUCUGCCGCAAAAAGAAAAGGCGGGCAGAGGCAAUUAAAAGGCAAGCAGUAGUGGUGGCCAUUAGGGAGAGGCGUCAAACGCCUAUCUCUGAUCCGGCUAUCCAUAGGCAGCCUCAUUCAUCAGGGAGUACCAUGGGUCGUUCCCCUCUAGUUAGACAAGAGAGGAACUUCUCCAGAUCUCCCUUAGAGCUGAUACGGGAGGGAGAAGAGGCUGGUCCUUCUAGUACCCCUUCUCGGGCUAGACAGGUACGGGUGUCCUCUUCAAGGGCCAAACCUGCCAUUAAAUACACAAAAAGACAGAGACCGGGGUGA